AUGGCCUCUACCAGCUCGUUCAAGAGGCAAGAGGGCAUAUACUCUGGAUGCCUUGUUCACACGAUAGGCGCGCUCCAGACGAUAUUUGCAGCCCUGGUGACGGCAGUGCUGCUGUACUUCAUUCUGAACGUACAAAAAGGAUCAUGGCAACUUCCAUGGCCCUGUCUUUUCCUGCUCGGCGUUGCAAUUUUCACGCUUAUCAGUAUGGCAGUCAGCGGCAUCUUCAUGUGCCUGGGCCGCCUCAAACCGCUCUACAGCGCUAUGGCAAAUGCAUUGAUAACACUGCUGUGGAUAACUGCGUUGGUACUGGUCUCUUUACGCGCGUUCGAGAUGGUCAAGCAGCCGUGUUCUGGCACGUACUACACCACAGAGAAGGGGGUCAGUGCUUGUGUUCUAUACAAGGUGCUGUACGCAGGAACCGCCUGCGGCAGCGAGUACGGAUUCGUAAUGCAGUCAUCGUUGUCUCUUACCGACAGCGGUGCAGCCACUCGCCGCAGAAGUGCAGUGCAAAUCAAGCGCAGCGAAGAACAUGAGUACAGCUCGCUCUACUUCGGACAGGUGCCGAUGCCGCAGGGAUCCAGGCAAUUUGUCAAACUUUCAGCACCCGUGCCAGCGACGGCCGUUACGGCACCGACUGCGGGAGGACAGUCUUCGUCGGCGGGCACAGGAGGCUUCUCCUUGGUUGCUAACCAGGCUGGGGCUUCCGGGUUCACGUUUGUCGGCCAGGACGAUGGUGAUAUGCCUCGAAUCCCGGAAGAUCUAGCUCGGUCGGUCCCCGUUCCUGGCGAUAUUCAGCAGCCGGCGGUGGAAAGUAACCUCCCUGGUUUCCUAGCUCUUGACGUACCUCAGUUCGCGGACGCUUCGAGCAUUAGCAUUCCAGCUCCAGAAGUGGUGGAAAAGUUUACAUUCCGACUGUCGGGUUUAGAUGAGCAGACGUACAAGAAGAAAGUGCUGCUUGGCCUCGAUGGCAUGGCGACAUUUGACUCGCUAUACUUCAACUACCAAGACGCCACGUAUUUUACGGCCAUCGCCGCGGCUGCGUAUGCGCUCGACAGCUACGAGUCCCCACGCGAAAACACUAACCAGGUGCUGGGUGGUCUCCUUGAUGUGCUUAGCGAGAAGAGCUGGGGAAACCGGGACUCGCAGGGAGUGACGCAUCCGAUCCGGCAUCCUGACUGGCAAGAGAUUCACACGUCUGGGAUUGUACGGCAAAGACCGAUGAGCAAGGACGCUUUUGGGCCCAUCGUCGCUGCUUGCUAUUACGCCUUCAACUCCCCCAACACGUCCGGGACGGUGCGAGUCAAGGCCAAGAAUCUUAUCAACCACUGGGUGACAUAUCUUAGCACGCACAACUGGACCCUGCACACGAACUACCUGCCUGGCGAGUUCGAAAAGGUCCCGGGAGAGAAGGAUCCAGGAGACACGACGGCCCCGCCCGACAGGUACAAGAACAUUCGCUCGUACGAGAACGGCAAGGAGGGCGGGCCAAGCAGGUACCUCGGCCCCGAGAGUUUCCUGCUGCUCCCAUGUGAGCUGUACUCGCUGAAGCACUGCGCCGAGUCGCUCUCGGUGCCUAACAAUAUUGCGCCUUGGAUCAACGCGUCGUUCGCUAUCGGGUCCAACAUCCCGUACCACAUUUUACCCCCGGUCGUGGCGGCGGCACGGGAUGGCCUACGAUAUGUGUUGGACCACCUCGAAUUCGAGAAGCGAUACCGGAUCGAGCUCAUCCCUGGAUGGGAAAAGGGCGACCUCAAGGGCAAGCUGUCACUCAGUAUACCCGAGAGCCAGAAGGCGGCCAUACUGGAUGCGUUUGAGAAGGCGAUCUACGAAAUGCUAGAUCCUUUAUUCAGAGACCCGACCUCGAUUGGUUCCCAAGGAAGCCCUAUCUACCCCAAGGCCAUACGUAAACUGGUGCCGUUCUUCCCAGGCGAUCUGCGAGUGCUCCCGCUCAACGAAAUCCUUCAAGAUCUCCUGGCGCAGGCUAUGCCGUGGCUCCAAGACGACCUGCUCUUUGAGUACCUCGCUUUCCAGCUGACCUUUGACCCCAGAAUAAAAAAUAAGUUGGGAGUGGUCGCCCUUUCAGGCGCCAGUGUCCCGGGACUCUACUUUGGGUGGAAGGUUGGCACGGCACCCACGGAACCCCCAGACGCGUCCUUGGCCGGAUACACUUUCUGGAGCAUGCUCAUGGAGCUCGAAACGAGACCUAUUCUGAAUUGUCUGCUGCGGCCUCUGUCGGGGAACCACUUCGGGGCGCUCAAGGCGGCACAGAAUCCAAACGGCCUGUGGGCAGCAGUGUGCGAAGACCGGGCGGCGAUCGACACCGCCAUCCAGAACUUCCUCAACCUGGGCGCCCCAUCGCUCGACUCGAAGCCCUACGCUUGGAGUAAGAACUAUGGGGAAUGGCUUGACAAAAAAGACGACCCCAUGUCCUCCCGACUGGAUUACCUUAUACUGAGGGCGCUUAUUGACAAGGGCGUCCCUCGGCGGGUGCCCUUGAGCCUCAGUAGCCUACAGAUAUUUGUCGAUGCAGCAGAGUCCCUCAUCCGCAACAUCAUUCUAAGCGCGAUCGACGAGUUUAAGAAGACGGGCAAAUACUACGUCAUGGUGACCGAUGCGGCUGGGGCAGUAGUCCAGGAUCUCAUGGAUGCGUCCGUAGGUUUCGUACGCAACAUCUGGAAGGCCGGUGAGCAAACAUCAUCCACUCUGCACAAGUUGGCCGGGCAGGUCGAGCAGUGGCGGUGGAGGUCGAGUCAAGGAGGUCUGGCCGGGUACACGAGGUGGGCAAAGGCUCCUAUAGAGGGUCUCCCGCCAUUCUCGGAUCUGCUCGAGCAUCACAUACGAGACCUCGACGGUGCUCUGAGGGUCUGGAAGUGGGGAGACAACAUGAGAUUCAAGGAGUUUGCCAAAUUCGCCACGAGCGGAGUCGACGGCGCGAUCGACGAGGCACAAAAGGUCAUUCAGCAGGUGAGAGAUCUGGACGGCCGGCUGCACCAGUGGAUCUCGUCUCGCGGCCAGCUACGCAGCUACCUUGGAUGGAUCGAUGCCGCGGCAGGCGGGAGCGUUGCCAUCAACAGUUGUGUGUUACACGUAGUCCGCGACCUCGCCGGUGGCCUGAAGAGAUGGGAGUACAACGCCGGGCAUGUGCUCAAGAACUUCAAUCACUGGGCCACAUCGGACAGCCUGGGCAACUCAGACCCGUCUAAACUGCUCCAAUCUACCGUCCGAGAUCCAGCUGGAUUUCUGAUACAGUCCAUCUUCAGCUCGGGCGCGCUACAAAAGGAAUUUCAUUGGGCUUCAUCGAGCAUUCAAGGUAUCGGCCGAUCUGCGGACUGUAUCCUUGUCCAGGUCCGCGACCUAGACAAUGCUAUACAUCAGUGGACGCUUGGGGGUGGUGUUGUCAAGAAGUACGAGAAGUGGGCAAAAGCAGACAGAAACGGAGGCGCGAGUUCAAACGACUUGGUCAAAAUCGUCGAGCGUCUGCCCGAGGGAAAGUUCAUCGUCAUCUCAGUCAAGGCUGGCAUACAGGUGGCGCAGAAGACCACAGACGGGUUGGGCCAUGUUCUCAAAGAGACUGGAAAGAUCCUCGACCAGACCACCAAACCAGUCAAGAAGCUUGAAACCUGGUUUAGUCGACGCUUAGGCCUGUAG